GAGCGCCUCCCGCGGCAGAAGGCACGAAGGCCCGGGUGCGGCCCGAGAUGGCGGGCAGGCGAUGCGGAGCCCCCCCGCCCCCAGCGCGGCCGCCUCUAGGCCCAGCUCCCAGCAGCCAGGUCGCGGUUCCCAUGCCACGGCCGAUCGCGGGCGCCGGGCCGAACGCGGGCUGGAGCGGCGCGCGGGCGGACUCCGACUGGGCCCCGGGCGGGCGGUACGCACCGCGGCGCGGCGACAGCCCUGGGCCGGCGGACAUGGAGGACGACGAGGAGGAGAUCGCUGCCGCCACGCUGCGGGGCAAGGCCCAGUCAACGCCGAUCUCGGUGCUGUCGGGCUUCAGCUACAUCCCGCCGCGGCACGUGGAGCCCCAGGAGCACAGCUACUUCUACCGCCAGGGCCAGACAGGAGUUAUUUCCUUCUAUGACUGUGUUUUCAGGAGGAACUUAGAUUAUAAUCAGAGGUUGCACCGAGAUGACAGAGAACACGCAAGAAGCCUGGGACUUCAUGUUAACGAAGAGGAGCAGGAGAGGCCCGUGGGCGUGCUCCCGUCCUCUGUCUACGGAAGGCGCAUCAAUCAGCCCCUCGAGCCGCAGAACCGGGACCACCGCCGCGCCAACCACGUGCGGGCCGACUUCUACAGGAGGAACGACUUCUCCAGCCUCAAGGGGCAAGGCUUUGGGCACAUUCAGCCCACCUAAAGCGAUCCCUGUGGCCCAUACGGCAUGUCAGGUGCCCCCUGCAAGCAGGAGGGCUCCUGCAGCCUCUUUUCCCCUUUAGUUGCCUCCCUUGCAUGCUGACAGCGGGAGGGACAAAGAAGCCGCUUUCCCCGAGGCCCCCGGCCAAAUGCCUUUCAUCCAUAUUAAGAAUAGCUAAUGUGAUGAUUUUCAUCUGAAAUUAUUUCAGAUUAAAUGAUACUGGAAACUGAUUCAUCGUGAGCACCUGAAUAAAAUGCAUGCUUUGUUCCCACUCGA